AUGGAUAACGAUAAUUUGUCAAACAGAAGCACACUCUCAAGACACUGGGACGCCGAGGACCAAAGUGUGCCGUCUAUACAGCUGAACAUCAUGGAUCAACUGAUGGACAUUUAUGCCAACAACUGGACCGGCACUCUCAGAUGUGAAGAAGAGUUCCUGCAGAGCGUCUUCAGUGGUUCUGGGUCUGCUGUGUCUCCUCCUUCUGACUGGACUCAUAGCUUCAGUUUGCCUGUAUCCAUAUUACCAACAAGGAAGAGGUUAUUCCAGCGGGAUUCGGACAUUUCCAGGAUAUCGUCGGAUUCACUGAUCAAAACAGAGGGGAGCCGGAAAUGGGUGGAUGGGACUCCGCUCACCAAAAGCCAGCGACGCUCGGCUCCACAGGGGGCGUCAUUCCAGCUGGCCAGCACUGGGUUGUGGUGGUACAUCUCCACACAGUCCUCUACAUUGCUGGGAAAGCCAUUGCCCCUCUCCAGUCAGCUGGUAAAUAUGGCCAGGUUUAUCCAUAGAGAGCAAUCUGAGAUCACUAUGGACUAUGUGAAUCUACCUGAUGCAUCCGCCAGGACUGACACCCAACAGGGUGGUGGAGGGACUCCUGCAGUGUCUGAUCGCUAUUUCCAACAAGGCUGGGUCUAUUUACGUCCCAGUUUCUAUUACAUCUCUUCCACCAAGAAAUCUUGGCAGGAAAGCAGAGAUGACUGUCUGAAAAGAGAUGCAGACUUGGUGGUUAUCAACAGCAAUGAAGAGCAGUUUCCUGAUGAUGUGAGAAACCCACCGUCAAGAGCCUCUUUUACAAGUUGCUCUGUGCACAGUACAGAACAACAGCACGAUACAUUUCAAAAGCAUGCUCUGCAGACUCUGGCACCAUCAGGACAGCUGAGCAUCAUGGAUGAAUUGCUGGAGAUCUAUGUGAAUGUAGAGGGACCAUCAGGACAUCCCAGCGAGAGGGAAAGGGACUGUAAAAUGUCUGAAAAUAUUUAUGGAAAUGUGUUGUUCCACACUCCGGGGCCAAACAGAGCUGGAAACACACUCUCAGGUGUUGAAGAUGUGAAGAAGAGUUCCUGCAGAGCGUCUUCAGUGGUUCUGGGUCUGCUGUGUCUCCUCCUUCUGACUGGACUCAUAGCUUCAGUUUGCCUGUACACCAAAGGCAACUCUGAGCGGGAAAUGGAGAUGGUCCUGUUAAACAACAGUUACACCAACCUGACUAAAGAAAGAGACCAGUUACAAACCAGUAACAACAACCUGAUUACAGAAAGAGACCAGUUACGGACCAGAAACAACAACCUGACUAAAGAAAGAGACCAGUUACAGACCAGUAACAACAACCUGACUAAAGAAAGAGACCAGUUACAGACCAGUAACAACAACCUGACUAAAGAACGAAACCAGAACAGCUCCAGUACAAAGAUCAUAAAAUAUCUGACUGAAGAAGGAGAAGAUUUGAAGAGGAAGCUGAGCAUCCUUGAUCAUUACUUACAACAAGGAUGGGUGUAUUCCAACAACAGUUUCUAUUACAACUCCUCUAAUCAAAAGUCCUGGCAAGAGAGCAGAGAUGACUGUCGGCAAAGAGGUGCAGACCUGAUAAUCAUCAACAGCAAAGGAGAGCAGAGGUUUGUCUUGAAAGAGGACGCAGAGAUGACUUUGGACGCUUCAUCCAGGAGGGGAAAACUCUACAGAGUGGUUGCUAUGAGUUUUGGACUACUGUGUAUCCUACAAGCUACUGUUAACAUUUCACUGCGUCUUUCUCUCUACAGCUCCAGUACAAAGAUCAUAAAAAAUCUGACUGAAGAAGGAGAAGAUUUGAAGAGGAAGCUGAGCAUCCUUGACAGCUCCAGUACAAAGAUCAUAAAAAAUCUGACUGAAGAAGGAGAAGAUUUGAAGAGGAAGCUGAGCACCUUUGAUCAUUACUUACAACAAGGAUGGGUGUAUUCCAACAACAGUUUCUAUUACAUCUCCUCUAAUCAAAAGUCCUGGCAAGAGAGCAGAGAUGACUGUCGGCAAAGAGGUGCAGACCUGAUAAUCAUCAACAGCAAAGGAGAGCAGGAUUUUGCCAGAGGAUUCAAACGGCGCGCUUGGAUUGGACUAACUGACAGAGAGACAGAGGGGAAAUGGAAAUGGGUGGAUGGGACUGACCUGAAGACAAGCUACUGGCUCACUGGGGAGCCAAACAGCAAUGGAGGUAGAGAUGAAGACUGUGGAGAAAUAAGGUUAUAUGAAAAAGAAAACAGCUGGAAUGAUGAACCAUGUACAAGGGAAUACUCCUGGAUCUGUGAAAAGAUGGUGGCAUAACUCUGCAUCCAAACCCACCUGACUGGCUAUCAUUAAGCUGCUCAUCCAACACACAAACUUGUCACCAUAGUUAAAGCACUGGUGUGAAUAAUAGCAUCAAUGAUGGCUGAAUUCCAUUUAGCUGUUUCACUUUCAGGGUCCUGGUGUUGUGCAUGCUGGCUCACUGUCACAGUCGUGACCAUAGAAAUAGAAUAGGAGUAGAACGGACAUUGAACUGCUUGUCAUGGUCAUUUGGCCAGUACAAAAGAAAAUGGUGAUUGUUGUUAGUCAGUUGGGCUGUAAAGUGUUUCUGCAGCUCGGUGGGAAGAGAGCGGACACAGCUUUGAGGAGAAAGAUGGCCAUCUAGCUAGCUAACGUUAGGUAGCUUGUCCUUCUCCAUUGUGAUAUGGAGUGAGGCCAAGGGACCGUCAGACCCAGCACCGCCUCUGGACUCCAGUCUGCUGUUCGGCUCAUUUUCUUUAUCCAGUGUAGCAUGAAAGCAUGGUGGAAUUAGAAAGCGAGCCAACUGGCCAGAAGUAGGUUAGUUAGAUAGCUAGCUUGCUAAUUCCACCAUGCUUUAGUGCUACACUGGAUACAGAAAUUGAGCAGAACAAAGCUGUCACUCAUCUGGCGUUGUGCUUUCCUAAGCUGUGACAAGAGUGUGUAGAUGAAGCAUUAAGUUAGUUGUUGUUACUGCAAACCUCUCCUGGUAUUUUAUAUCUAUGGUCCUCACUUACUUGGACACUUGAUUAGAACAGAGCCAUCAUUAAUGUUAUUCAUAACACCUGUGCUUUUUCUGAAUUAACCUUUGCUCUUUAUUUUACAUCUGGCUUAAUUGCUUUUCCAACUCAAUUUUUAGUAUUGCUUCACGAAAAACAUUAUAAUAUUGUAUUGUUAACUUUUCUAAGGGUCUUGGAAGGAUGUAGCCUGUCCCAAUAUGCAAAAAUAUACUGUUUGUAUAUGAAUGGUUUUGUUGUCCAUGUUUUUUUUUUGAUAAAUUGGUUGAUC